AUGCAGUACUCCAUUAUCGUUCCCGCGUACAAGGAAUGCGGUAACUUAGAGCCGCUGGUACGCCGCGUUUUCGCUGCCGUGAGGGAACAAGGCCUCCCCACGCAGAAUGUCGAGAUGCUCAUCGUGGACGAUAAUUCGUGUGAUGGGUCAAAGGAGGUCGUUGAGAGGUUUCAUAAAGAGGGUUUCAACGUGAGCAUGGAUGUUCGUACGACGGAGCGUGGGCUGAGCAGCGCCGUUAUUCACGGUCUGCGCCACACCAGUGGUGUCUACAAGCUUGUGAUGGAUGCCGACCUACAGCACCCGCCCGAGUGCGUGCCAGCGCUGUUCAAAGCGCUCAGCCGCGAUGGGGUCGAGUUCGUCUGCGGCACGCGCUACGGCGCCGGGAUCGAGAUCGAUAAGAACUGGCCGGCGCACCGCCGCCUCAUUUCGUGGGGAGCGCGCCUGCUGUCCCGGCCUCUCACCACCCUUUCCGAUCCCAUGUCCGGCUUCUUCGGGAUUCGCGAUUGUGUCUUCAAGCGGCACGCCGGCGAGGUGAACUCGAUUGGGUACAAGAUUGGACUGGAGCUGUUCGUCAAGUGCCGCGUGCAGUGCUUCGAGGAGGUGGGCUUUAAUUUUGCGACUCGCACCUAUGGUGAAUCGAAGCUGACCGGGAAGGUGAUCCUCCACUACCUCGAGCACCUUUACGCUCUGUACCUGUUCAAGCUGGGCCGUCUCUUCUACGUGUUCGUUGUGGUUGCUGUGAUGUUCGCCGUGUAUCUCCUGGCUUUUCUCUACCAUUCCCUCUUCUAG